GUCAGACGUAAUCUUGGACCUCAACACCUUCCACUGACUGCCUGCCUGCAUAACGAACGACACCUCGCCCUUGAGCGCUGCUUGCUGUAUUGACCGCGCAGAAACACUAGCAGGAGCUGCGCGCAGCAGCAGACAUUUGCAACAAUGGCCAACCAAACCCCAGCCGUUGUCAUGGACAACGGCACGGGGUUCUCUAAGCUAGGUUUCGCCGGAAACGACUCUCCUUCCUUCGUUUUCCCGACAGCGAUUGCGACCAAGGGCGCCGCGGCCGGUGGCGGCUCGGGUUCCGGCCGGCCCCCCGUCCCCAACAGGCCCUCUUUCCUUACGGGCGGAGCUGGUCCGACCGGCCAUCUAUCGGGGAAGCGCGGAACGGAGGACCUCGACUUCUUCAUCGGCGAUGAGGCUAUCUCGGCCUCGUCUGGACCUGGCUACGGGUUACACUACCCGAUUCGGCAUGGACAGAUCGAGAACUGGGAUCACAUGGAGAGAUUCUGGUCCAACUCCAUCUUCAAAUACCUCAGGGUAGAGCCCGAGGACCACUACUUUCUCCUCACUGAACCGCCCCUAAACCCGCCCGAGAACCGCGAGAACACGGCCGAGAUCUUUUUCGAAUCUUUCAAUUGCGCUGGACUUUACAUUGCCGUCCAGGCCGUGCUAGCACUUGCCGCGUCGUGGACGUCAUCAAAGGUCACGGAUCGGUCUCUGACUGGUACGGUUAUCGACUCUGGCGACGGUGUUACGCAUGUCAUCCCGGUCGCCGAGGGCUACGUGAUCGGUUCGUCGAUCAAGUCCAUCCCCAUCGCCGGCCGCGACAUCACCUACUUUGUCCAGUCGCUCCUCCGUGACCGCGGAGAGCCAGACUCGUCUCUCAAGACGGCGCAGGAGAUCAAGGAGGAGUACUGCUACGUUUGUCCGGACAUCGUCAACGAGUUUGGCAAGUACGACCGCGACCGCACUCGGUUCUUGAAGCACGUCGUCGCGCACCCGGGGGGUCGCCAAGUGAGCGUUGACGUCGGCUACGAGCGCUUCCUUGCGCCCGAGAUCUUUUUCAACCCCGAGAUCUACUCGUCCGACUUCUUGACGCCGCUCCCCGUGGUCGUCGACGGCGUGAUCCAGUCGUCGCCCAUCGAUGUGCGCCGCGGCCUCUACAAGAACAUUGUGCUCUCGGGUGGCAGCACGCUGUACAAGGAUUUCGGCCGCAGGUUACAGCGCGACAUCAAGCAGCUGGUGGACGCCAGGAUCCGCCAGAGCGAGGUACGCAGCGGUGGCGCCAAGAGCGGAGGGCUGGAGGUGCAGGUUAUCGGGCACAAGAGGCAGCGGCACGGCCCGUGGUUUGGCGGGAGCUUGCUGGGUCAGACGCCCGAGUUCCGGUCAUACUGCCACACCAAGGCGGAGUACCAAGAAUAUGGACCGGGUAUCGUGCGGAGAUUCGCUUUGCUGGGAGGACCGGGUGGCUCUUAGAGGGGUCAUUGAUUUCGUUGUAGAAAGCGAGCGAUGUUUCAUGAGGAGAAGGCGGCAGUGUUUCACGGGCGGCGCCAAAAAACCAGAUAGGGGAACGACGUUAACUUGACAUGCUGUUAUGUUUGCUCAUCCGGCGGAACGGACGGUCCACACUGAUGCCAAGCCGGCGAGAGCCCCAUAUUUCCCGCACACUGCGGGGAUGCCCGGCUCCGGGAUUGGGGCUUUUCGGGCAUGCGGCCGUUUGAAACAUGUAACGAGCCAGCUAGCGCUUGGAAUACGUACCUCUGCUUGGCUGGGAUGUUCCGCAUGAGGUCCUGUUAAACCGGCUUCAGCCGCAGUUCACCCCC